AAUAGAGAGAAGCUGACAAGGCCAGGGAUCGGAUCUGCAUAUAUCUAAGAUAGUUACAAUGACUUUCGUUAAGGAAGCACCGAAGUCGCAAGCUUCGGGUCAGCAUAAAGAAGUGAAUCAUAAGAGUCUCCUACAAAGCGAUGCUCUUUAUCAGUAUAUACUGGAAACCAGUGUUUAUCCAAGAGAGCAUGAGUGCUUAAAGGAGCUGCGAGACAUAACAGCAAAACACCCUUGGAACUUGCUGGCUGUGUCUGCCGACGAAGGUCAAUUUCUGAACUUGUUGGUGAAACUCAUCAACGCCAAGAACACCCUUGAAAUUGGCGUCUUCACUGGUUACUCUCUUCUCGCCACAGCCCUUGCUCUUCCAGAAGAUGGAAAGAUAUUGGCUUUGGACGUCAACCGCGCAGAUUAUGAGUUGGGGCUACCUGUAAUUGAAAAAGCUGGUGUUGCUCACAAGAUUGACUUCAGAGAAGGACCUGCUCUUCCUGUUCUUGACCAGUUGCUAACUGAUGAAAAGAACAAGGGAGCCUUCGAUUUCAUAUUUGUGGAUGCGGAUAAGGACAAUUACCUGAACUACCACAGGAGGGCCAUUGAGUUGGUGAAGGUUGGGGGACUGAUCGGCUACGACAACACCCUAUGGAACGGCUCUGUUGCGGACCCACCAGAAUUACCUCAAUUGGAUUACAUCAAGUAUUAUCGUGGUUUUGUGCUGGAGCUCAACAAGGCCUUGGCUCUUGACUCUCGGAUUGAGAUCUGUCAGCUUCCUAUUGGUGACGGCAUUACCCUGUGCCGCCGCAUCAUCUGAUAACUACCUUUUUAAAUUAUACUAGUAUGUAAUUAAUUUCAUUUUCAACACAGCUAAAAGAAUAAUACGGGAAAUAUAUGUUAAAUUUGGUUGCGAGGAUAUAUACUUCUCCUGGUUAUAGUGCGGUCUCUGUUUGAUUGAUCUGUAUUCCUGGAAUUGGUCAUAAUUCCUUUUUAUUUUUGCUUUUGUUUUUAAGUUUUACAAUGCUUUCGUUGUUUUCGUUUGGUGGACGAAUUGGAACUCGGGAGGUGAUAUAAUUAUUCGACAAUUUUGCUUGUAAUUUUGGAAGGACUUUAUAAAAUUAAUUGCUACAAGUGGGCUUUUGAA